UCAGACCAGAUCUUACGCUCAGAUUCCACAUCUGAUACUGAACAUGGCUGAGGAAGCUCCAGUAGCAGCGGCUCCGGCUAAAGCUCCGGCGAAAGCCCCGAAGAAGAAGAGCGCUCCCAAGGCGAAGAAAGAUGGACCCACUCUCCCGAAGCUCAUCGUGGCCGCCGUGGCCGAGUCCAAGGAGCGCAAGGGAAUGUCUCUGGCGGCUCUGAAGAAGGUGCUGGGCGGCAAAGGCGUCGAUGUGGCCAAGGCGAACAAGCGCAUCAACACCGCCGUCACUAAGCUCGUUACCAAGGGCACCCUGGCCCAGACCAAAGGCACCGGGGCCUCCGGCUCCUUCAAGCUCGCCAAGAAGGAGCCCAAAGCCGCCGCCAAGCCCGCAAAGAAGGCCGUGAAGAAGAAGGCAGCCACCAAGGUAAAGAAACCCGCUGCCGCCAAGAAGACCGCUUCGGUCAAGAAGACACCCGUCAAGAAAACACCCGUCAAGAAGUCGCCCAAGAAGAAGGCAGCGGCCAAGAAACCCGCCGCCGCCAAGAAGGUGGUGAAGAAGAGCCCCAAGAAGGCCGCCGCUAAGAAGCCAAAGGCGGCAGCCAAGAAGACUCCCGUCAAGAAGGCUCCAGCCAAGAAGACCGCAGCCAAGAAGGCCAAGAAAUAAAGCUCUCCUCUGGGAAACUGCAAACAAACAAAGGCUCUUUUAAGAGCCACCACAUCCUCCCCUAAAGAGCUGUCUGCUUACAUCCACCUUAAUUAAUAAAUUAAACACUAAUACAGUAACACUACAGACAAGUUAGUGAAAAGGUGUAUAUACAAGUGAAAUAUGUAUAUAUUUAUACAGAUGGAUAAUUGGUAUUAUUUUAUGUAUAUGUUAAAUACAGUAGAUUUUGCACACUCACCUGUAUACGUAGUCUCACCUCAGUAAUGUACAUAUGCUAUAAAACACUUGUGUGAGUGUAUAUGUGUGUAUAUAUAUAUAUUUUUACAUGUUGACAUUUCUGUAAUUUAGUGCCUCUGAAGUAAAAGUAUUUUACAAACAUAUGGAGUCAGUUUAGUGCUAUAGUACAAACACGUUGAGCUCCUGAACAACACGAAUCCAGAUGGACUGUGAAUGUCUCAGUGAACCUGCUAAUUAAUCACGUUCUGUCUCCUUUCAUUGAUCACAGGAACCAAAAACAGUGUGUCCAUGAAAACACAUUUAAUAUUACUAGUAAUGAUGAUAAUCUCCAUUCAUCAUACUCGUGCAUCAGGGACGUACACAUCACUCAGCCUCAUUUAGUCCUUAGGAGUUUGGAUCAGCCUGGAAUGUGAUUUCCCACUUUUAUUUGGAGUAUGAUUCCAAAGUCAGACCUUCAUGGGAUAAUAAUGUUGAUUUACAUUGGUCAUUUUUCUGUACUUAUUGUUCUAAACGCAUUCCUCUCCCCAAUGAAUGAAAAAAUUCAACUGGAAUAUUUAAUUCAUUGACAUCUGGGACGUGUUAUUUUAGUUCUCUUUAUUUUUUGUAUAUACAUACAAAUAUUAAACUGAAGAGAAAAUACAGCUGAUAUAAAAUAAGACAAAGGUUUUAACAAUACAAAUGACUGAAAUCACGUAUUAAACUAAUCAAUCAACUUAUAAUGUCAUAAAGUUCAUUUUGUCGCCGUU